UUGAAAACCUCACUCUACACCUCUUAAUUUCCCUUCUCUUUAAAGCUAAAAACUUUCAACAUAUUUAAUUCUUCAUUUCUCCAUCUCCCUACUCAAAUUCUUUUUCUUCUCUACUUCUAGAGGCAAUUAGGGUUUUUCAUCUUUUUUUUUCUUUCUUCUUUUAUGUGAAGUUAUAUAUAAUUUAAGAAAAAUGCUACAAUGGAAGCUAUGAGUAUAACUUCACUUUUUUCCUCAUUAAUUUUCUCUAUCAAAGAAAUUGUUAUUGCAUUUCUCAUUCUUCUAGUACUACUCUCUCCUAAUUCAUAUUCCUUAAACCCUAAUUAUAAACAUGAAACCCUAGACUCUACAAAGGAUGUCUUAGUUGAAGAGAAAUCAAGAUUGGGUUCAAUGCCACCGAGUUGUUACAACAAGUGUAACCAAUGCCAUCCAUGCAGGGCAAUUCAGUGCAGGUACCGAGCCUACCGAGUAAUAAUGGUGUCGAACCAAGUGGCAAUGUGGCUCGAACCCAAGCUAGGUCCAUGGACCACAGCACGGUAGAAUCGUCACUUUCACGUGCGGGAGGUAGCAGGUACUCGAAUUACAAGCCACUUGGAUGGAAAUGCAGAUGUGGGGGUCACUUCUACAAUCCCUAGCUCAAAAUUAUCUAAUUUUAUUAAAAAUGAGUCAAUGAAACGACGAUAGAAAUGCCUUUUUUUUUGUUAAUAGAGAGAGCAAAUCGACGCUUGAAAAAGUUCUUUGAGAUUCUCAAUUUAGGACUAAAGAGUUAAAAUUAACAUGUGGAAUAUGUAAUUUUUUAUUUUAAUGAUUUGUAAAAAUUAGAGAAAGUCAAGUCAAGUCAAGACAUUAAAUGAGGUUGUUAUAAGUAGUAUUUACUAUGGUUGUACAUAUUGAUAAUUAAAUACUGAUCGAUUGGUAUGGUGUUGAUAUAAAUGUAGUGCGGUAGGUU